AUGGCGUCUUUGAACAACAAACUCCUAAUCUGCACCAGCUUAGAGUGUCAGACAGUGAAUGAAAUGGUUUCUUCCAUGGCGAAGGCCAAGCUUGAAGGAGCUGAUCUGGUUGAGCUUCGAAUGGAUGCUUUGUCCUUCCCCAGCAUUUCAGAAGUUGCAGACCUCAUAAAACGAAGAACAUUGCCUGUAAUCGUCUCGUUCAGGCUCAAAUCGUCAGUGGAUGAUGCACAGAAAAGAGAUGAGAAGAAGACUUGCUUUCGUGUGUUAGGUUUGGCUCUUGAAUUGAACGCGGAGUUCGUGGAAGUAGAGCUCGAGGUGGCUUCUGAUUUCACGAUGAGCGAGUAUUCAAACAAAAGUUCCAAUAGUAAGCUAAUUGUAUCAAGCUAUAAGGGUGCUGGGACCCCUUCCAAAGAGGAACUCAGCUAUCUUGUUGCACGCCUCCAAUCCAUUGGUGCUGAUAUCAUCAAACUUGGAACUGAUGUGGUUAAAAUCACAGAUGUGGCACCGGUUUUCCAUCUGAUUUCACAUUGCCAGGUGCCAUUAAUUGCAUUGGCAAUGGGUGAUAAAGGUCUUAUAAGCCAGCUAUUAUGCGCAAAAUUUGGUGGUUUUUUAGUUUAUGGAUCCGUGAGUGGAAAACCAGUACCUGGCUUGCCAACUAUUGUCAGUCUUAGGCAAGUUUACAAGAUUGAGAAUCUAAAUAUGGACACAAAAGUUUUUGGCCUCAUCGCAAAUCCAGUGGGACAUAGCAAAAGCCCUAUUCUGCAUAAUUUUGCUUUCAGAUAUGCGAGUUACAAUGGAAUUUAUGUUCCCAUGCUGGUUGAUGACAUCAAUGAGUUCUUUGGUGUCUAUUCAUGCCCCGACUUUGCAGGCUUCAGCGUUGGAAUUCCACAUAAGGAAGCAGCGGUAGAUUGCUGUGAUGAAGUCCAUCCCCUUGCUCAGUCUAUUGGAGCUGUAAAUACUAUUAUAAGGAGGCCUAGUGAUGGGAAGCUGGUUGGUUAUAAUACAGAUUGUGAGGCUUCUAUUACUGCAAUGGAGGAUGCAUUGAGAGCAAGGAAGGGAGAUAAUGGGGACACAUCCAACACUUCUCCACUUGCUGGGAAAGUUUUUGUGCUGGUUGGAGCUGGAGGUGCUGGAAGAGCACUCGCAUUUGGUGCCAAAAGUAGAGGUGCUCGGAUUGUCAUAUUUAACCGCAACUAUGAUAGGGCGAAGGCUCUUGCACUUUCAGUUUCAGGAGAAGCACUGCCUUUUCAAGAUUUGGGGAGCUUCUGCCCAGAGAAGGGCAUGAUCCUUGCAAAUGCCACUUCCAUUGGCAUGCAACCAAAUUCAGAUAAAACACCUAUUCCAAAGGAUGCCUUGGGGGCAUAUGAGCUGGUAUUUGAUUCAGUUUACACACCUAGAAAUACUAGGCUCUUGCAAGAAGCUGAGGAGGUGGGUGCCAUUGUGGUGAGUGGCAUUGAGAUGUUCAUUAGGCAGGCCAUUGGUCAGUUCAAUCUCUUCACUGGUGAAGAAGCCCCUGAAGACUACAUGCGCAAGGUUGUUCUAGCACAUUCCUGACAUGUCACUUAUCAUGUUUAGUAAGGGCGCGAGAGUAAACCCAAGCCCGAGUGCUG